AUGCAAACUCGGGGCUUUGGGAGCAAUAACCUUGUUCCUUUGGAUCGUGAGAUUGAACGCACAGCUAGGUCACAUCGGAAACGUGCGUCUCAACGUGUGGGAGAGCAGGACAAGACGGAUUCUUUCGUUUUUCCACCAAUUCCACCACAUUCACUAGUUCCACCAUCACCUAUUGAGCUACAACAAGCUGUGAUCACACCUCUUCCUGUGGGUGUUGUUCAUUCAGACUCUGAGGAAUCUUUCAAGUCAAGUGAAGCUGAAGAGGAAGAACAGUUGGUUAACAUGGCAGGAAAUCGUACUUUGAAGCAAUUGACCGCACCUACUGCUGUGCAACAACCCUUGUGCAUCGCUUAUCCUGCUGGGGCACAAGGCUUUGAGCUUAAGUCGGGCAUUCUUCAUCAUCUGCCUAAGUUUCAUGGGUUUUCAACCGAGGAUCCUAAUCUUCAUCUCAAGGAAUUCCAUAUGAUUAUUACAGGGAUGAAGCCUGAAGCAGUUCUUGAAGAGCAUGCUAAGUUGCGUGCCUUUCCAUUCUCUUUGGAAGGGAAGGCAAGGGAGUGGCUGUACAAUCAAUCUCCAGGGUCUAUGAAUUCAUGGGAUCAAGUGCAACAAGCUUUUCUUGAAGAGUACUUUCCGGCUACUAAAGCAGCAAGCAUAAGGAAAGACAUAUGUGCUAUCCGACAGAUGCAUGGAGAGUCCUUUGGGGAGUACUAUGAUAGGUUCAAUCGCUUGAUUUCUUCAUGCCCAAACCAUCAAAUCAGUGAUCAUCUUCUCAUAAUCUAUUUCUAUGAGGGAUUGUGUGGCACAGACCGCAUAAUGCUUGAUGCAGCAAGUGGAGGAGCUUUUGUGGACAAGAUACCUGCCAAUGCACAUGCCUUGUGCAAGAAUAUAGCCUCCAACACUCGUCAAUAUGGAGGGAGAGAUAUGAUACCGCGACAAAAUGUCAAUGAGGUAAGUUCUACUUCUAAUUUAGAAGCACAAAUAGCUAACCUCACUAAUCUUGUGAAACAGGUGGUGCUACCCAAGCAAGUAUGCGGAGUAUGCUCAAUGAUGGGACAUGCAGCUGAUAUGUGCCCAUCAUUAAAUGAUCAAGGUGGCUGGGAGCAAGCUAAUGCAAUUGGAGGGUUUCAAGGGCAGCAACGAGCUAAAUAUGAUCCUUUCUCAAAUACCUACAAUCCGGGAUGGAGGGAUCAUCCAAAUUUCCGCUGGAAUAAUAAUGACAAUGUCCUGCAGCCUCAAGGCAACAACUUCAAUCGAUCUCCACCUGGGUUUCAACAAGCAAGGCAACAAGCAUCAUAUCAAGCACCACCUUAA